CUCCUCACUCUGCUCCUGCUGCAUCAACCCGCUUUCGAUGGAAAGGAUUAUUUUAUCAUUUUGUCGAACAGCCGAAGAGACAUAAACUCAAGCCAUCGGGCUCUCAUCGGACGCCUCAAUAAUCGGGUUAUUUAUUAGUUUAUUGUCUCAGGGCGACUAUCGUCGAAAGCAUAAGAGAAAAUGAUGAACAACAGAGAUCGCUGGAGGGUGUACAAGAGGGUGACUGUCAUGUUUUUCCUGGCUGUGGUGGCGCUGACUGUUGUCCAGAGGGGGAGCAUCAAUAUGGGGCCUCCCUUGGAACUGGAGAGGCAGGCACGCAUGGAUGCAUCUGAGGGAGUGGAGCCUGGAACAGCUCUAGAAGACAAAGCUUACUGGUACCACGGGAUGAAAAGAUUCUGGAAGGUUAGCAAAAAGCAGCCGGUGCCUCCAGCUCGAACCACCAUGCAGCAGCCCAGGAUCACUGAGGACAGGACUCCCAAAACCUGGGAUGUAACCAGCUCCAACUGUAGCGCCAACCUAAACCUCUCAAGCCAGGACUGGUUUAAGAGCCUGGAGGACAAUUUCAAGCAGUUCAUGCUUUAUCGACACUGCCGCUACUUUCCAAUGCACCUCAACCAUGCAGAGAAGUGCACAGGGGACAUAUACUUGCUCAUGGUAAUAAAAUCUGUAGCCACCCAGCAUGACCGAAGAGAGGUCAUCCGGAAAACCUGGGGCAAAGAGCAGGUGGUUGACGGCAAGAGGAUAAAGACCCUCUUCCUCCUCGGUACACCCUCGAAUGUGGUAGAGAGAGCAAACCACCAGAAGCUUGUGGAGUAUGAGGACCACAUCUACAAGGAUAUUCUCCAGUGGGACUUCCAGGAUAGCUUCUUCAACCUCACACUUAAGGAGACUCACUUCCUCAAGUGGUUCCAGACCUUCUGCCCCAGUGUUCGCUACGUCUUCAAGGGGGACGAUGACGUCUUUGUCAGCGUGGAGAACAUCUUUGAGUACCUGGAAAGCACCGAAGGUGCAAAGAACCUCUUUGUCGGGGAUGUGAUAUUCAAGGCUAAGCCCAUUCGUAAUAAGGAGAACAAAUACUACAUCCCCCUGGCUCUGUAUAAUAAGACGCACUACCCUCCAUACGCUGGUGGAGGGGGUUUUCUGAUGGAUGGGAGCCUGGUGAGAAGGCUUUAUUUGGCGGCAGAAACGUUAGAACUCUACCCCAUCGAUGAUGUCUUCUUGGGCAUGUGUCUGGAAGCGCUUCAGGUCACUCCCAUAAAACACAACGCCUUUAAGACGUUUGGUUUGGUGAAAAAUAAAAACAGUAAGAUGAACAGAGAACCUUGUUUCUUUAAGAGCAUGAUUGUGGUGCAUAAGCUGCUACCACCGGAACUGUUGCGAAUGUGGAAUCUGGUCAAAAGUGACCUAGUCUGCUCGCAGAAAGUGGAGAUCCUAUAGCUUGAUGGAAAACACCGGGUAAGGACAGCACCAACAAGCUGAGCUGUACCUCGGUGGAUAACAGUAGGAUGCAUGAGAGUCCCAGUAAAUUUUCCUUUAUGUGGAGAAUGACCAUGGACAAUAUUUAAAAUUGCUGUAUCUGUGCAGUAGUGCAAUGUUUGGAGGGGUUUCCUCGAGAGUCAAGUAAAUUAUACAGAGUUUUCAAAGGUUGUAUUUAUAUUGGCAUUUUGAAAGACUGGCACUGUCAGCACGCAGAUUCAGAGACAACAACCAAAGUUGAGCUGCUGCAAGAUAAGGAAGUUAGUUACUCUCAAUAAUAACAGCCAUUUUAUUCAUUUUCAUUUCCACCUUAUCACAGCCAGACACACAGGGGGUGUGUCUGGUUUUAUACAGUGGCGGUUGUUCACUGGGCACCUACUGGUAAUGAGCCUGUCAUCAAACAACCAAUGAUAGCGCACCCAUCAAUGUGAGUGCCCUUAAAAAAAGAGGUAAAAUUUAAUUGUGAAGACAAAUGCUAAACAAAACCAUGUUUAUGUAUCUGCUGCAUAUUGUGCUUCCGGAUAGGUUAGAGGGAAAUAAAGUUUGGUUUAGCGUAUUCUUGAAAAACAAAAGGGCAGUGAGCAUUUGUUGGUGCCCUGGAGGCUUGGGUUCGAAAAUGCCAUUGCACAUGCUGUGCAGCCUGUAGUGAUGCUAGCAUUUUGGCUAAGUGUCACACAUUGCCUUAACUUGGACCAGUAUGGCAUGCUGCAGUGGCUUCAAAUCAAGUAAGAGAAUGAAACAACUCUCUCUACCUCAGCGAUUUGGUUUAAAUUUCUCUCUAAUUUCAUAAUUGGUCGCCUUUUCUACUGUAAGUGUAACCAUGAUAGUUAGCUUCAUUUGCAGUACAUGUUCCUAAAGUAAGAUUUUAAUCACUUUUUGUGUUAUAGAGGUCUUUGCACUUGUUUUUUUGUUUUGUGACUGACUUGACCUGGGCCCUGCACUACAAAGCAGGAUUUGUAGUUAGCGAGGUACCUUCAGGGUUAACUCUGGGUUUUUCCGUCCUGGCCAGGGGUUCACUUCACUUCAACACAGAUACAAGCACCACUCAAUGACUAAUCAAUUCCUCGUGAAAUUAUUAAUGAUAUAGAUUCUUGUCAGAGUGACUUUGGCUACUUAUCCGUGUCAGCUUUUUGAACCGUGUGUAUCCAGUGCGACGCAUCAGAGCAAAACACUUACAGUCUGGUUUACAACAUCUAAGGGACACAUUCAUUGAAUGCAAUACAGAAAUCAAAUUAAAGCCCACUCGUGCCCUAUGGGGUAGUGGUAUAAGAUGAAAAAAUACAGUCUGCAUACUAGAUAAUGCUCCCAUACAUUUAAUUACCACAGUGACAUUUUGCUCUUUAGCAGAACUUUUCCUGACUUUUUUAGUUCUUCUGUCCAGCACCUUCAUCUGGAUGACAUGCCGUUCUUAACUUUUUGUUGUUUGGUGACAUUAAAAGACUUUUGAUUUCCUAUUCACACAGUCAGCAUUUUUGUUGAUAGAUAGAUUUGUUGCAAUCGGUCAUAUACUGAGAACACUUUUGUUAGGUUAAGUUAAGCCAGAUAUGGAAAAGAUACCCUGGCUGUUUUGAACUUGCUUCGUAGUACAGGGUCCUGUACAUCUACCACUCCUGCAAACUUUUUUAAAAAUUGUCUAAUUUUGUUAUAUGUUUGCUGUCUGUGGAUUUGAAUGUGCUGAUAUACUUGACAUGGAUUUGGUUGGGGGGUUUACAAUGACACUGUGAACUAAAACUAUUGCUGGUACGAGAUAUAAGACGUGUUAAUUUAAAUCCCUGAUAUGGGGGCAAAUGUGGGGUUCCUGUAUUUAAUUUAAAGCGUCAGAUGAACAAAAUAAUGGGAUGUUCCAUGAGUAUAAAAUUGAAUGUUGUGGGUAUAGUGGGUGAUGAUUAUGUAAAUAUAUGUAAAAAAAAUGAAAAUGUGGAUUGAAUGUCCUUUGUAAAUAAACAUCU